UCUAAAAUUAUUAAAAAUUUAACCAUUUCUCAACAAAUCCUUGCUGCAAAAAUGUCCCUAACCAAAGUACAGGAUGCCUCCUUAGUAUUUAAACACCUAAAUGGUUUAAUAAAUAUCUACAAGCCGGCUGGCAUGAAAGUGAAACAUGUAAAGUCGGCUAUUUUACAUAAUAUUUGUAGAGAUCUUAAUGACUUGGACUCCCAGCGAGAACCCAAAAAGCCUCAAACUCCCUUAUUGGAGUCUGGAGGAGCGGCAGAUCCUAUUUUACGCAAGAUACAUAACUUGAAUUUAUCCGAAAGUGUAUUAAGUACCGGACCACGUUAUGAAAUCGAGGAUAUGCGUUGUAGUCAGGUGGCCUCCUUGGGACAACACACAAGCGGUGUAUUGUUAUUUGGCCUCAACAAAGGUCUGCGGCAAACAAUGCGCAUACAACGUAAUCGCCCUUUAAGAGCCUACCAUGUUAGCGGCUGUCUGGGUGUAGCCACUGAAAACCAUUUACCCGAUUCUCAUGUUACCGUCAAAGCCUACUAUAAACAUGUACAGGCCGAUCGUCUCAGUGCUUUAGCCUCCUCCCUGCAAGCCUCCCACCAACGCAAAAUGUUCGAGUUAUCUGGUGUGGAUAUGCAGUCACAAGCGGCCUAUGAAAUUGCCUGCAAAGGUCUUAUAAGACCGGCCAACGAUAGCCAGCCUGUUAUUUAUGGCAUUAAAUUGAUAGAUUUCGAAAGGCCCAACUUCACAUUGGAAAUACAUGCCAUCAACGAAACGGAACAGUAUUUGGCCACUUUGAUACAUGAAAUUGGUAUAGAAUUAAAAACGGUGGCUCAUUGUUCCGGCCUAAGGUGUAUAAGACAUGGCAAAUUUGGUGUGGAAAAUGCUUUGCUGCGACACGGUUGGAAUUUGGCGGGAAUUGUUAAAAAUAUGAGGGAACAAAAGGAGAUAUUGCAGCAAUAUCCAUUCCUGCUGAAGCAGGAUAAAAUAGAAUUAAGGAAUUGAUAAGAUAUUAGAAAU